AUGAACAACGGGGGGACGACCACCGCGAUGUGUGCGGACACGGCCUUGCCUCUUCCUCACCCCAUCCUUUCCUCUCCCCCCAUUCUCCCAUUCUUCCUGCUGUGUGAUGGGCGAGUGUGUCGCUGCGCCUCAAGAUGCGUCGUAUCCUUUUUUAUUGUCUCUCUUUUUCCAUUGUUGUUCUUUAUUCCCAAACCACCACCAUCACCAACAACAACAACAACAACAAAAGUAGGAUACAUGUACUAUCCGUACGGCGGCGCACAGCAGCAGCAGCAGCUGUUGGAUCAGCAGCAGCAGAACUAUUAUUAUUAUCCUCAGGGCCAGCAGGAGCAGGCGGGAGUUCCCCCCACAUCAUGGCAACAGUACACAAACCCGCAGCAUGGCGGUGCCAUGCACAACGGGCUACAAUUGCCUGGCCAGUAUCAUGAUCCCUACGUAUCUGCAACACCGAACGGGGUGCAGAGCUAUAGCAAUUACUAUCCCACACCCAACUAUCCACAGCAACAACAACAACAACAACAGCCGCUGCCACCACCACCACCCGCACCACAGAUGCAUCCGCAACAGCCACAGCUUCCCCAACAGCAGGUGCAGCAGUAUCCACAUCAGGAUGCUACUACUACUACGACUGCUGCGACGACGACGAACAAUGCCGCGGCAUCUACCUCGUUAAUUUCCUCGACAGGAGCCAUCCCCUUUGCGAAUUCUCAGACAGAUGCUAGUGGUAUGCAACUUCCGACACAGCAGCAUGCCUACCAAGCGCAACAGCGCCCGCAGGCGGGAGCGUUUCCUUCUGGCAAUUAUCCCACACAACAAGAGCAAUGCAACUCAGUUGUCGGAAGGUGCGCUCGUCCCCCGCCAAGACGCAGCGUGGAUUUAAAAAGUGCACCAAACCCACGCCGUGACAUUUCCCAAAAACCAGGUAAUCAGGAGAUUCAGACUUCUUCAGGUCAGUUGCCGCUAAGUGCCACGGGAUUUUUUGCCGUUGAUGACGGAAAUGCGAGUCCAAAGUUUUUUCGACCCACCACAAACUCUGUCCCCGCCGAGGAGCGCCUUGUGAAGGAUAGUAAGAUAUUUUUUGGAGCCGUUCUGGCUCCACUUUGCCGGCCGCUGUAUCCACGCGAGGAAGUUCCCCUUGUUGAAGGCCGGCCACCUGUGCGAUGCUUUCGUUGCCGUGCUUACAUUUCAUGCCACGCACGCUUUGUGGAUAUGGGCCGGUGUUGGGUGUGCCCCUUCUGUAACAUGGCGAACGAGGUGGAGAAUGAAUAUUUUUGCAACUUGGAUGCACGUAACCAACGGUUGGAUCGGGCAGAGAAACCGGAGUUGAGCCGAGGCAGCGUGGAGUAUGAUGUCGGUCCCUACCCGGAUUACGCACUCCGUGAUGAGAAGGAUGCACCGAUUCCGGCGAGACCGUUGCACUAUUUAUUUCUGCUGGACGUAUCUCAAAAAGCAGUCUCCAGUUUUCUCCCUGAUUACGUGGAUGCUUUGAUGCAUUCUCUGCACGAGAUGGCCCAACAGUAUCCUCAGUGCCGUGUGGCCUUCAUUACAUACGCAUCUACGCUACAAUUUUACAAUGUUCGUCACCCGCGAAUGCCGCAGUUGAUUGUUGCCGAUGUGGACAAUCCAUUUGUUCCAUUACCUUUUACGAGCCUGUGCUGGCUGACACUAGGCACCGAACUGGACCUUGUAGAUGCCUUUUUGAUGCGUCUUAUGGAGUACGCGCAGGAUCUUCGAGAAACGGAUAGCGUCAUGGGUGCCGCUGUGCACGCUGCCACGUUGGUGCUUGCUGGGCAGCACGGCGGCCAUGUCAUUUUGUGCGGACACAAGGCACCACAUCGUGGCAUUGGCGCACUGAAGCUGCGCGAGCAGCAUUUGUUGUAUGGAACCGAUAAAGAAAAGGAUUUGCUACGGCCCAUUGAAGGAUUUUGGAGGACAACCGCUACGGCAUGCGCUAAGCAGCAGAUAUCUUUUGAUCUGCACAUGUUUGCGGACCAGUACUGUGAGUUGGUUACAAUCUCGCAACCAUGUCACCUCUCUAACGGUCGUGUGCAUCUCUUUUCCAACUAUGACCGUGAGACGGAUGCGACCAAAGUACAGGCUGUAAUGAAUCAGGCAUUGCUGGAGGAGGCUGGGUAUGCGGGCAUCUUACGUGUCCGCUGCAGUAGUGGGGUUCGAGUGCAGGCCUACCAUGGCCAUUUCAUGUCACAGGACUCGCACGACAUGGAUCUCGCCCACGUGCAAGGCUCUUCCACCUUUUUUGUAGAAUUUGCACAUGAAGGGAAGUUGGAGAAAACGUCUUACGCCUACUUUCAGACUGCAUUGCUGUACACUACACGUGGAGGGGAAAGGCGCGUACGAGUGCAUUCUGUUCGUAUGUCAGUAGUCACGACACUUUCGGGUGUGUUUGAGGCCGAUUUGGAGGCGACACUUAUGGGAUACAUUCACGAGGCGAUUGGGAACGCUGUCAACAAAGGUCUACAAUAUGCCCGUAGUACUGCACAGGACCGUGUAUUGAAAAUGUUGGUUGCCUACCGUCGUGUGUGCACUUCCAAUGCCACAUCGUCUCUGCUGAUGCCUUCACGCCUACGGCUCAUACCAUUGUUUGUGCUUUCAUUUAUGAAAGCCGAUGCGCUAGUGGAGGGCACCACCGUACCUAUUGACGAUCGCGUGCAGAAACUUUUCUUACUCAUGACGAUUCCCAUGCACCAGUGUGUAACGUACUUGUAUCCGACCUUGUAUGCCGUUCAUCAUCUCCUUUCUGAACCCACAAGCGGCGUGAUAGAUCCAGAGACGGGCCACUGCGUUCUGCCAGGCUGGCAACAGCUCAUUUUUGACAGCAUCACGACAGAUGGGGUCUAUGUGCUCUGUGACGAGCAGGCACGAAUUGUGUAUUUGUGGAUCGGUUCCUCUGUUCUGCCGGAAGUUUCGCUUGAACUCUUUGGGACCACGAAUGCCUUGGAAGUUGGUCGCACGGUUUUUUUUGAGAACUUUGGCGAAAGGCUGAAGAACGUGUUGUACGCCUGCCUCAUGCGGGAUGAUGGAAUGCGGCGUUUUGUGAUUCUUCACGAAAAGGACCGCGGCGAGGAGGCGUUUUUUCGGCAAUUCAAGGAGGAGAACGAGGGUGGCUCCAUGGGCUAUGAUCAGCUCCUUGUGCAUCUGCACCGUGAGGUGAAGAAGUCAAUUGCAUAG